AUGUCAUACGCUAACGUUGCUGCAAACGGAUCCAGUCCUAAACCAGACCAGGCGUCAGAAACCUCCAGGGCCUCAUCGACGUCGGCACCAGCUUCCACUACCGAAAAUGCAUCUUCAGCGCCAGCUUCUGAGAAAAACACCGCUGAAACCACUCAUGACGAUGAUGCUUCUCCAAAAGCCCAAUCGUCUAGUGCCGCCAUCGCUACUCCUAACGUCUGCAAGAAGGAAAAGAAGCCUUUGGCCCCAGCACCUGUACCAGCGAAGUCUGCUUGGGGUGCCUCACUGACUCAUACCACGCCUGCUGUUGACGAGCAGAAAUGGCCCACUCCUGACAAAGCUCCAGCAGUUCCAGUGGCCCAGCCAGCUAACAAAGCUGCCUCUAAGUUCAUAAGGCCCAACAAAUGGGUUCCAAUCAACGCGAAGGUGGUUUUGCCUUCCCCCAGAAGUCAGACUAGCGGUGCUGGUCAGCAAAAAUCAAGAAGAAAGAACAAGGCCAACCGUAAGAAGGUGGGCCCUGCUGCCGCGUCUGAAUACUCUACUCAUGAAGCAUCAUCUGUAAAAAAUCAUGAGAAGGCAAAGGGCGACAGCAUAUCGGACGAGGGUCAUGAAACAAAUGAAACCUUUAAAGAGCUGGACGACGCUCAACAUGACCAAGAAUCGACGAACCUUGAUCAGCAAGACAAAAAGAAGACUGCCACCGUAUCCAGCCAAAACCAUCCUCAAUCGCAAUCUCACAAGGCGGGCAGAAAGUUCAACCCUCAAUCUGGACCUGUCCCAAAUGGCAAGGGCCAUCAAGGUCGCCAACAACAAAACGGGUAUUAUCAGUCCUAUGGACAAACCCAAGGAUUAAACUCCAACUCCAAUGGACAAAGACCAUUCCGCCCUAACAAUUCUGGCCAGUACAGGAGAAACAACAGUGCUGGAAACCUUCAUAAUGCAUACCCUAAUGGGUACCCUGCUCCUAUGGGCAUGCCAUUUGUUCCUCACAUUCCUCACCACCCUAUGCCCCAGGGAUUCAUGCCAGGCAUGCCAUAUGGUGUUCCUAUGCCUAUUCAAAUUCCCCCACCAAUUAGUCCUAAACAGGAACCAUCCCAAGCUUUGACUCAGCAAAUCGACUACUAUUUCUCGCUCGAGAACUUGCUCAGAGAUAUUUUCUUAAGAAAACACAUGGGCACUGAAGGUUGGAUUGAUUUGGAUUUAAUUCUUGGGUUCAAGAGAGUGAAGAUUAUUACUAACGGUAUCAUGAAUGCGAUCGAAACUGCUGAUGAAAAGGAGAAGGCAGACAAAUUGGACAAGACCAUAUUGGCUGCCGUGCAAAGAUGCAACAAUGUUGAAAUUGGUUACUUGAAUGGCAAGGACAGCAACAACGCUACUGCUACUGAAGUUCAGUUGAGAGUGAAGAAUAACUUUGAACACUGGCUUUUACCCGACAACAUUCAGGUAUAA